GGUACCAUUUCGAUUCCUCCCAAGUUUUUGGUGAAGGAGACGACGGCGGCGGCGGAGGAGGAGAAGAAAAGGUUGAAAAGGUUGAAAAGAGGAAAGGAGUAGAAAUGGUGACCGGAGAAGCGUUGAUCGCGUACAGAGCUUUGCUCAGGGCUACAAGGAAAUCGUUCGCCGGAGAUACCGAGAUGCUGAAGGCUUCGGCGUCCGAGAUCCGUAAGAAAUUUGAUGAAAACCGCCACGUGGCUUCCGGCUCCGACAUCACUCGCCUUCUCGAAGAGGCGCGUGAAGCGACGCAGUUCAUUUCCACCAUGAUCGUUCAGGCCAAACUCAACGAACGCGGCGGAUACGAGGUGAAAGCAAGUCAGGAUCACGCAGGAGCUACUUUGGAGCUUCCAUCAGAGGAGAUGCUUCGGAAAAAAACUGUAUGAGUAAGUCUCAAUGAUUUGACCACACUUAAGACUUUCUGAAAUUGCCUUACUCGUUUUGUUUAAUCCGGAAAAGUGGAACAUUCUUUUUUUGUCAUUCUCUGUUUGUUUUCUCUCUUUACAGCCAAAUUUAAUCAAUAAAGGAACUCCUUACAUACGUUUUUGGAUGAAUCUCAUUCAUUUCAGAUC